UCCCUCCCUCCCUCUGCGCUAGUGCGGACACCCCGGAGGGGCAGCGGCUGCCUGGCCCUCUCGCCCAGGGCUUCAGCCUUUACGCGUGAACGGAACCAGUUGGACCCGCGGAGCCUGAGCCGAGGGGGGAGGCGGCGUCUCUGCUGAGCGCCCAGCGAGCGGCUGCGGCAAGAACUUGAACUUGACGCUGAGCCUUUUCUAAGGGGUCUCGGCCGGGACUCGAGGACCCUCGGCGAGUUAGCCGGGAGCGGGUUAGGCUGCGGCUGCUUGCUUUUCUCGCCGCUGACGCCGCCUUUCCAAGGAGCCGAGCUGCCUGCCUGUCUCGCGGGGAAGAGGGCUUUGUGGUGGCCGCCUACGUCCCCAGCAGCCUCCGGAUGGCAGCUGCCGGUCCGGCCGGGGCUCCCCUGCUGCUGCUCCUCGAGCCGUAGGGGGGUCGGCUCCGGGGCAGUCCAGGCGGUGGCACCAUGGCUAAGUGGCUGAACAAGUACUUCAGUUUAGGGAAUAACAAAACUAAGAGCCCCCCGCAGCCUCCCCGGCCGGACUACCGCGAGCGCGGGCGCGGGGGCAGCGGCGGCGGCAGCAGCCGGGGGGCGGCAGCGGGGGCAGGUGGCGGCAGCGAGCGGCGACAGCAACAGCAGCAGCCCCCGGCGGCCUCCUGCUCGUCCUCCUCGUCCUGCUUUUCAUCUUCAUUCCGGGACGACAGCGGCAGCACCAGCGACCUGAUCCGCGCCUACCGAGCCCAGAAGGAACGCGACUUCGAGGACCCCUACAACGGCCCCGGCUCGUCGCUGCGCAAGCUGCGGGCCAUGUGCCGCCUGGACUACUGCGGGGGCCAGGACGGCGGCGGGGACAGGACCUUCUCCUCCGCCUCCUCGUCCGCCGGCUGCUGCUGCACCUCUGGCGGCGGAGGGGGAGCCGCCGCCUCCUCCUCGUCUUCCUCCUCCCCGCACCUCUUCCGCAGCAACAGCGAGCGGCGGCCGGCCACGCCGCCCGAGGUCAAAUACAUCUCCCCCAAGCACCGGCUCAUCAAGAUCGACAGUGGCUGCGGCAGUGGUGGUGGCGGCGGCGGCGGCGGAGGAGGAGGAGGAGACCCCGGGGGAGGCGGCAGCAAGAGUAGCAGCAGCAGCGGCAGCAGCAGCGUCCGAACCUGGAGUCCGUCCGCCUGCGGCGGCAGCAGCAGCAAGAAACUGCUCAACAGGUGCCCGGAGGAGAGUGGCGCCGCCGGAGGCAGCAAGAAAGACAAGGUUAUCAUUGCAGAUGAUUACUCAGAUCCUUUUGAUGCCAAGAGUGAGCUGAAGAAUAAAGCAGGAAAGGGGGAAAGCACUGGCUACAUGGAGCCCUAUGAAGCUCAGAGGAUCAUGACAGAAUUUCAGAGGCAAGAAAGUGUGAAAUCCCAGAAUAAAGGCGUCCAGUUAUAUGACACCCCUUAUGAGCCAGAAGGCAAUGGUGUGGAUUCAGAUUCUGAAAGCUUGGUCAGCCAGCGUUUACGAGAAAGCAAGUUGCCCCAAGAUGACGACAGGCCUGCGGAUGAGUACGAUCAGCCUUGGGAGUGGAACAAAGUCACGAUUCCAGCUUUGGCAGCUCAGUUCAAUGGUAAUGAGAAAAGGCAGUCUUCCCCCUCCCCUUCCAGAGACAGGCGUCGACAGCUCCGAGCCCCCGGCGGAGGCUUCAAACCCAUCAAACAUGGAAGCCCAGAGUUCUGUGGGAUAUUGGGAGAAAGAGUGGAUCCUACUGUCCCCCUGGAAAAGCAAAUAUGGUAUCAUGGAGCAAUCAGCAGAACAGAUGCCGAAAAUCUCCUCCGGUUGUGUAAAGAGUGUAGCUACCUUGUAAGAAAUAGCCAGACAAGCAAGCACGACUAUUCUCUGUCACUGAAGAGCAACCAGGGCUUCAUGCACAUGAAACUGACAAAAGCCAAAGAGAAAUAUAUCCUGGGUCAGAACAGCCCUCCAUUUGACAGCGUCCCGGAAGUCAUCCACUACUACACAACCAAAAAACUGCCCAUCAAAGGAGCAGAACACUUGUCCCUGCUCUACCCUGUGGCUGUCCGAACCCUAUGAGAGGAGGGACCCACUCACCUCUCCCCUCGGAUGGGAGGGAGGCCGUGGAGAAACAUGGAAGCAAGGCCUCCUCACCGUGCAUAGAGCAGAGCUCCGGACUGAGAGAGGAAACACAAAGUUACUGCUUUUCCCCAUGGGUGGACUGACUGUCUGUUCAGAUCAUUAGAGUGGUACUUCGGCACUGCUGCAUGUCUUUAGAACUAUGUUUCUAUUUAAGGGGAUGGAGGAACCAUAUUUAAAUGUGAUCACAAAUAACCCACCCCCACCCCCACAUCAUUUAUUUCCUGUGAAUUAAAAUAUUUUCAAAUCCAAAGAUACGCCUUCCAGGGUAAACAGAGCAAAGCAGCUUAUAGCAAACAAACAGUGAGCUCCAAGGAUUGUCAUUUCUUUGUUCUCCUGCUGUCAUGAACUCACACCUGCAUAUGGUAAAAACAGUAAUAAUAAUGAUAAUUCUCCACUGGUGCUAUACUGUCCCCUAUGAGAACAGACAGAGGCUAGGCCUUUCAGGACUCAUUCCCCACAGGAAUCUUCAGAACCCUCCCUCAUGUAUGUGUGUGUGUGUGUGUGUGUGUGUGUGUGUGUGUGUGUGUGCUUGAGUUUACGUAUGGGUGCAGGGCUAUCUAUAUGUGUGCUUUCACACAUGGUUGGUUAGACUAAUCCAGCAAAGAAGUUCUUUUUCUCCCCUUGAUGUGAUUAGGAGACCUUUCUCAAUGAAAUCAUUUUGCAGUAGCAGAAAGAGUUCAAUUAUUUAUGACUAGGGUAUGUAAAUAAAAUAGUGGUUUAAUAUAUAUAUAUAUUAUAUAUAUAUUUUUAAUCUUUUUUUUUCCUUUGGUACAACAAUAAAUCUCUAAGGGUGUAUCUGUUCACUCACAAGUUUCAUUCAGAAGCCAAGUCAGAUCCUAUGGCUUCUACCUUAUGGUAGUUAGUGCUUUGUGGCCAAUGUUUCAUUAACAGGACUAAGUUAUUUCAAUGAGGGUAGAAGGGAGGGCGGUGGGGGGCAGGCUUGGGUUACAGGCCUUCAGAAGGCUAUCACUGUUUAUCUCAUCUCAUUUUCACAAAUAGUGCAUGAAUGAAUAUCACUAAAAUAGCCGGCUCACAAUACUCAAUAUCCUUUUUGCCUCAGGGAUAGAAAUGCAUUCUAGAAAUGGUGUUUCCAUUUCUCUAAGUCAAAAUGAAUCUUAAGUAGACAAUGUGUAGCUAACAGCAAAUCUGGCCUUUCAGAGGGCAAAGGUGGGAAGGAUAACCUUACAUAAAGAAGUGAUACUCCACCCCACCCCACCCCCAGUUUAGAAAUACCUAAAGGCCAAAACUCUAGCUUAUCCUUAGAGCUAAAUACACCAUGAAGGCCUGGAUAGGUCUUGCUAUCAUCUAGUUGCUUGGAAGAAAAAAUAAUUAACAAAGUUGUGUUGCUUCAGAAAUACAAUCUGAACCCUCCUCCCUGAUUUCCCAAUAAUACCCGGUACACUGGGAGCGUGCCAAAUGUGAUAAACGACAGAACCGUGAUCACACAUGCCUGUUCAGAGAGCUCACUGAUACUGCCUCCAGUCUGCCCACUAACCUGUCUAAUACUAUGCUUCUCCAGUUGUAAUUGAGGAGAGCAAGAUUGUAUAACUUGUACAGAUCAUGAGAAAACUAUGAAAAUGCCUGCUAUUUAAUUCUUUCUUUCACACUAUUUCCCAUUCAUUCACCAACCAGACAUUGGUUUAGCACUGAAUGAAGAAGAAAAAAAAAAUGUUUUUGAAUAAUCAUUUGUUCUGAAGCCUUGAUGGGAAAGCAAAAAGUGGGGAAAUGAGCAUUAGGUGCCAAGCUAAUGUUUUCUUUCUGCUUCCCGACUAUAAAACCUUUGAUUCACUGACUUGGAUUUGGUCUAGGUAGCUCCAACCUAGUGAGAACAGACUUUAAGACCCAUCCACAAAAACCUAGGCCAGAAAUCAGAUUACCCUUUUAGGUGAUGUAGUUGUGCCUAAAUGUUCCUACUUAGAGCUGUGGAAGCAAGCUGUUACCUUACCUCUGGAAGAACUGGUUGGUGAUUGUUUCUAUCAACCCACAAACUCUCUCUCCAAAAGAAGUGCUUUCUUGAUGUAGAUGGCAGCCCGCCUUCACUUUCCGCAUCCAUCACCAAAAGGGUCAUUUCUAAAAAUGUUUUUCUCCACCUGCUAAAGAGAUUCUGUCCCCAAGAAAGCACUUCUGACAAAACCUGGGAUGUCUGAUUCAGCUGGUGCGCUUUAAUAGCAGUCUUGGUUAGGUUUCCAAAGGAAAGAGUCCCAUUUUGUAUUAUCAGAUACAUUCCAUGAAACCAGAUUGCCUGGUGUAAUAAUUUGUGUUUGCCUGCCCUUUUUUAUGACAUGCAAGUAAAUUGAAUCUAUACUUUGUAUGGGAAUGCCAUACCAGGAUAGCAUGACAAGAGAACUUGUUAGUGAUGUCAUCUUUUCCUUCUCUUAUCAGGGGAUGGAAAGAUUACUUCCUGCAGGAUUAGCCGUUCUUAAAUAUGCAAGUCUGGAGUUGUACAAAUGUCUACGGCAGCUUUGCAGUCCACCUGAUUACAUCUCCACAAACCAAAUUAGUUUCCUAAACCAGAGGGUCAUAUCUUCUCUUUGGAUAGUAUUAAUAAUGGGGGUUGUUUUUUAAAUGAAAAUUUUUCUUAAGAAAAUAGUCCACUCCCUAUGCACAGCCGAAAUAAACACAGGAGUUUGUUUGCACUGACUUUGUCUUUGCUUAUUGAUAUGAUCAUAAGCCACAGCGGCUCACCAGUCAUCAUUAUCAAGUUUACCCAAGACUCUUAAUCCAUUCCCCUUGGUGAGGGCCUAGAGAGGGGAACAGGUUGAAGAAACAAUGUGUUAUCACAGUUUACUCCCCAUUACCAGUUUUUGCUUGUGUGUUUUUUUGGUGACCCUCUCCCUCGAAUUGUGACUGCUUCCUGUCUGUCAGCCUGUAUUGAUAUUUUCUUAAACAUCUACCACUUGAAGCUAUUUUUCUCUUUCAGGACUACUCACAUGUAGAUUACUUUGGCUUUUUUGUUUGUUUGCUUGUUAGUUCCAAGCCUAGCAUGUCAGCAGCAAGUAGUGAAAAUAAUAAUUAAGUUCUGUUUCAUUUAAGGAGAAAAAGGCCUGUCAGAGCAUCUCAGUGCUUCUCGUUAUUUUAUCUUUAGGGGAAGAGAAGAAACCCUUUUAAGUUGUUGCAUGUCAUGUGAAAACAGAAUAUAGAUAUGUAACAGUGCUGGUCUUGGAAUCAAGAAGACCCGGGUUCAAAUCCUACCUUUCACAUUUAUUAACUAUGUAAUUGAGUAGAAAGUCAGUUAAAGUGAAGCUCUGAGCUUCAGUUUCUUCAUCCUUAAAAUGAAGGGACUGGUGUCCCUUUCAGCUCUAAAUCUAUGAUUUCAUAGCAUCUCCAGCCACAAAACUUCUUAUGACACUGUCCCAGUAUCACUUACAUAUUCAGCUACUUGGUAAAUAUAAAGCUAUCAUUUGGAAUGCCUUUUUUUUUUUUCGUUUAGUAGUUCAGAGUGAAUGCCCAAAAAACCUACACGCCUUCUAAAGUAGAAAAGGAGGGUUUAAGAGGGAAAGAAAUCUCUGAUCUGUGGAUCCCUAUUCCCCCUGAGUAAUUCAAAGACUUGGGUAUGAACAAAGGAAAAUCUUGACUAACAAAGGGAUCCUCCACCAAACUGCCCUUCGCAAAAAUUUGUUUCAUUCUGUUUUGAGAGGGGCGAAUGGGUUAUAGUCUGUGAUUUUGUUGAUGUAGGGACCUGCUAGGCAAAUCUAACACUUUCCAAAGUUCACUCAAUUGUCAAUAGGGCUGAAAUCAAGUGAUCUGCCCCUAUGUGGCAGAGAUAGGACCUAUGUCUUUCUGAUUCAAGGAAUGAUUGACAGAUACAAGGACUGAUUGGUAGAUACAACCCUGUCUCCCUCUUUGGUCUUUUUUUUUUGGGGGGGGGGGGGUUUAGUGAGGCAAUUGGGGUUAAGUGACUUGCCCAGGGCCACACAGCUAGUAAGUGUUAAGUGUCUGAGGCCGGAUUUGAACUCAGGUACUCCUGACUCCAGGGCCGGUGCUCUAUCCACUGCGCCGUCUAGCUGCCCCCUUUUUUUUUUUUCUUUAAAGUCCAGUUUCUGAAAUUGCCCAGAGCUGCUCCUAUAAACCUUGAUGGGACCAGGGCUCUCCCUCAGUUUCUCAUCAUUGCUUGAAGCAUUGCAUUUCUUCAUCCUAAAAGACUAUCCUCUCCUCCCACAUCACCUUAGUUUAAUACUUUGAGGAACUUUGUGAUGUUAAAAUACUGACAGAGCAGGAGAAUAGAGUCAUUAUUUUAGGAAGAGGCCAAGAAGGAUUAACAGGUGAAGUUAUUUCACUAAAAGAGGUUCACCAUCAGUUGCAAAAUGAAAUGACACUAGCUUUUUUGAGGGUCAGAACUCCAAUUCUGUUAAUUGCUUUUACAGGUAUCCUGAGAGCAAAAGUCAUUCAUGGCUCUAUGGGAAGUGAAUCCAUUUGACUUACUCAGGCCCCUGGUAGACAGGUUUACCGUUUGGCUCACCUUUGUUAAUUUCACGGUAUCCUUUCUUGGCACUCUGAGCAGAACACCCACAGAUAUGCAGGACCAACGGUUGUACCAAUAACCUCAUCCCUUCUUCAUAGAUGAACCCAUAGAAGGUACAUUGCAAGGGUCAUCAGGGAACUUUGUCUCACUUUUCAUGCUCUAUUUAUCCUGUGAAAUUCAUGGAGGAUUUAGUCUCUGGGGCAUCAAGCCAUGACAACUGUUAGGUAGACACAGCACAUUGGAUGGUUGGAAUAUAACCUUUUCAUCCUUCAAAGUUAGUUCACCAAACAGCAACAGAGAAGGCAAAGUAGGGGUUUUGUGCAAAAAGAACCAACUCCAUGCAUGACGUUAUUAUAUAAUGGUGCCUUCAAGACCUCAGCACUGAUGAAAUCUCCCAGGUAGAUAAGGGGGUGGUUCACCUCUAAUCUCAUGAAUGCUGUUCUCCCUGUGGUUCUUUCCGUGUGGAAUAUGUGCCAAUUAUACUCAGCUGUUUUGUGUGUCACCUGUCACUCAUCAGUCACUGCUGUAAGUUGUGUAUUGGUUAAUCUACCAUUUUAAAAGUUUCAUGGAAACUUUGAAUGCAAAUUGUGAGUGUUUUCAUUCUGUGUAAUAAGAUGUAUAAAGAUGUAUAUUUAAUGUGAAACUUUUAAUAUA